CCAUGCCUUUACUCCAAGCCGUCCAAAGUAACAGCGCUGCAGAAUCUCCUACUAUCCCCAGUGGAGUAUAAUUUCCUUCGGCGUACCGAUGUUCAAUGGCAGUAACCGUAUAUACCACUACUUUCCAACACUCUAGAAUCUCUGGGAACCAACUUUUGACCUUCAUCUUGCCCCGUCGGCCGUUGCAUAACAAAUAGUGGCACGAGCAGCGCGAAUCUUACUACUUUCAGAUGUAGAAAUUGGCACCUGUGAGGAAUAAACGAGCUCCUAUUCACUUUGAUUGGCUCGCUUGGUGAGCUCGGCAAUGUGACACAAAAAGUCAACAUAUCUUAGACUUGAACUCGCAAAUAUUUCCGCCUUUUCUACCUUCAUUGCAGUUUCGCAAUCCAACUCCUUUGGCACCAUGCAUCAGUUUUAUUUGGCUUUGUGCACCUUAUUGGGUUUUGCGGCUGCAUCUUCCAUUCCAGCAUCAAAAUGCAAAUGCUUUCCUGGCGAUGCCUGCUGGCCAUCGCAAAUUGAAUGGGACCAGUUGAACAACACUGUUGCGGGACGUCUGAUCGCAACAGUCCCGUUAGGAUCCCCGUGCCAUGAUCCGACUUAUGAUGCAGAAUUAUGUGCCGAUUUACAAGGCCAAUGGCUCGACUCUGGUAUCCAUAUGGACUCACCGUCAUCAGUGAUGGCACCUCUCUUCGCUAACCAGAGCUGUGACCCCUUUACGCCAAGAGAUCUUCCAUGCACACUUGGUAACUAUGUGCACUUUACGGUCAAUGCAACUGGUUCGGAUGAUGUUAUUGCGGCAAUUAGCUUCGCGAAAGAGAAGAACGUUCGCUUUGUGAUACGCAACACUGGCCAUGACUAUCUCGGACGAUCCACGGGUGCGGGUGGCUUGGCCAUCUGGACACAUCAUCUCAAGAGUAUUGAGUCUUUAGACUGGAAUGACGGCUCCUAUGUCGGUAAAGCCCUCAAGGUAGGAGCUGGUAUUCAGGGAUUCGAGGCCUUGGCCGCAGCUUACAAGCUUGGACUUGUGGUCGUUACUGGAGAAUGCCCUACAGUCGGUCUUGCUGGUGGCUACACCCAAGGAGGCGGACAUUCCGGCUUGAGCACAGUAUUUGGCCUCGCGGCCGAUAAUACCCUCUCCUUCGAUGUAGUCACCGCUGCUGGAGAACUGCUUACGGCCAGUCGUGACCAAAAUGCUGACUUGUACUGGGCUCUAAGUGGUGGCGGUGGAGGCAACUACGGUGUAGUCGUUUCGCUGACUGUUCAAGCCCACCCUGACAGCACAGUCAGUGGUGCCACUUUCGCUGUUACUGCCAGUGACAACCAAACGGCAGAUGAGGUCUUUGGAGCUGUGGAUGCUUACCAUGACAGCGUCAUAGACAUUGUUGACUCUGGUGUCAUGGCCAUUUACUUUUUUGGCACUGGCUUCCUCCAAUCGCCUGCUAUCACGGCUUAUAACAAGACGCAGAGCGAGCUCGAAGGCAUCAUGGCACCAUUUCUGUCAAAAUUGAGCGCGCUUGGACUCAUCUAUACCAUUACUUAUACCGAGUUUUCCUCGUACUACGACCACUACGACCACUACUGGGGCCCACUGCCCCUAGGUAACAUCCAAGUUGGUACUUCGCUGUAUGGCGGCCGUCUGAUUCUAAGGGACCAGAUCGGCAACUUCAGUCAGCCAGCACGCGACCUCAUAGCACAAGGCACUACGUUCAUUGGUGUUAGUACCAAUGUCUCUCGUUUCGGUGGUGACAACGCUGUCUUGCCACAAUGGCGAGAUGCCAUCGUACAAGUGACGCUUGGCCUUGCUUGGAACUUCACUGCCCCUUGGGCAGAAGAUCUUGCACUUCAGGCGCAAUUGACUGACAUAGUUAUGCCCAUCAUCGAAGCUGCCACUCCAGGCAGUGGUGCGUAUAUGAACGAGGCAGACUGGGCCCAGCCUAAUUUUCAAGAAGAUUUCUUCGGUAACAAUUACGAAACCCUAAUGGGAAUCAAGCGGAAGUGGGACCCCUCUGGCUUGUUCUGGGCCGUUGACGCGGUUGGGAGCGAGGCUUAUAGCACAACAGUUGACGGCCGUUUGUGUUCAAUAUCGUAA